AUGUCGGAACUCAAGGAGUACUCGUACGAUGACAUCAAGUCUCACAACAUUAAGAAGGAUCUCCUUAUGGUUAUCCACGACAAGGUCUACCAGUGUUCCGGCUUUGUUGACGAGCACCCUGGAGGAGAAGAAGUCCUGAUGGACGUCGGAGGACUCGACGCUACCGACAGUUUCGAGGACGUUGGUCACAGUGACGAGGCUCGCGAAAUCCUCGCUGGACUGUUGGUGGGAACUCUCAAGCGCACCCCCGGCGACCCGAAGCCCAAGCUGUCCGCUUCCGGUUCGCAGGCGGCCAACACUUCCUCCGCCGAUGCCGGAACUGCGAUCUACGCUUUCAUCGUCCUGUCGAUCAUUAUAGGAUUCGGCGCGUUCAAGUACAUGGCGUAA